AAUAGUGGUAGUAUUGUUGCUACGCUAUCUCCAGAUUUUCCUAAUUAAUUCAGAAAGAAAAGAUUUAGAAAAAGCUGGGAAAACAAUGUUCAGGUUGCACAAAACAAGGCCAACUAAAUCAGGGGAAAAGAUAGAUUUUAAAUUCUCCAACUUCAAAGCGGUUCAGGUACCAAAAGGAUGGGACAGGUUGUUUAUGUCCAUAAUCUCUGUGGAGAAUGGAAAAACCAUUGCAAAGACAAGCAAAGCAGUAGUCCGAAAUGGGACUUGUCAAUGGACAGAGGCUCUGCCAGAAUCUAUAUGGGUCUCACGAAACGAGGCUUCCAAUGUGAUGGAGGAUUGUCUCUUCAAGCUUGUUGUUGCCAUGGGAUCAGCUAGAUCUGGCAUUCUUGGAGAGGCUACAGUGAAUAUGACUGACUAUAUAAGUUCAACCGCCGUUGUUCCAGUUUCAUUGCCACUGAAAAAAUGUAACCAUGGGACAAAUUUGCUAGUCAAAAUUCAUUGUUUGACACCAAGAUUAAAACUCAUGGAUGAAGAAGCAAAGCAGACAAAUUCCCAUGGUGAAGAAAAUAACACCGACCCUAGUCAUAUGAGCUUUAAUUCGGAUGGACCAGAGAGUGUCGAAUCGCCCCCUAGUCAAGAUUUGGUCUCUGCCCCGCACCAAGGAGAACUUGAGAGCAGGGAAGCAAGUUUCUCGACUUCAGAUUCACAUCACAGCUAUGAUUCAGCAGAGAGUUCCAUAGGUAGGGAAAGUUUCUCUACUGUAAGCAACUUGAGUGGUGAUGCACAGAACCUGAUACAAAGACGAGAUUCUCCCACCUCCCAAAAUAGUUUACCUCUUGGGAAUUGUCAUCUUGAUGAUCCUUCUCAAUCAAAUGAUCCAUCAUUUGAUUCACAAAUUAUGGGUUCAGAAAGCACUUUUUUGGAUAAUCAGCAAGAGCUUUCUGCAUCAUCUUUGAGAGUCACAGAUUCUUCUAAGAAUCUUCUCGAAGCUGCAGAAAAAACGAUUGAAGAGCUUCAUGCAGAAGCAAAGAUGUGGGAGAGGAAGGCCGAGAAAUUAAUGCUUGACUUGGACAUAUUGAGGAAAGAACACUUUGACCAGUCCAAGAAUCAGGCAAAUCUGACCAUGGAGCUAUCAGCAGCAAAUACAGAACGUGAUGGACUAAGAAAAGAAGUUGAACAGAUGAAACUGUUGUUGGAGAAGUCAAUGGCGAAACAAACAACCUUGGAAGAUUCAUCAGUUCGGGACGAAGGUGUAACCCAUAUUCAGAAGGAAUUGGAAAAUGAAAUUGGGUUCCAGAAAGAGUCCAAUGAUAACCUCUCUUUGCAGUUGAAGAGGAGUCAAGAUGCAAAUAUUGAGCUUGUUUCAGUUCUUAAGGAGCUGGAAGGGACCAUAGAAAAGCAAAGAGUUGACAUGGAGAAUAUUUCAUCCCUGCAGUCAGAAAUCAGUAAACUGGAAAAUACCAUCCAACUAAAUACAAAGGAAAAUAGGAAUUUAGUGAUCCAGCUGCAACAAUCAAAAGAAUCAGAGAAGAAUUUGCAGGCCAAGGUACAACUUCUUGAAAAGGCCUUGAAGGACAAAGAAGAUGACAUGGAGAGUGGAGUGGCUCAGAACAAUGAUGCCCUUUUGAAUAUUGAGGAAGAAUACAAAAGUACGUUAGCAGCUAAAGAAAGAGAAAUUGUUAGUUUGAAAGUGAAGCUAUCCGAGUCUCUCAAUGAAAGACAUUCUUUGAAACUGGAGUCCAGAAAGGGAGGUGAUGCACAUCUGAUCAGGGAAAUUGAGGCCUUGAAAGCAAAACUAGAGGAGUUAGAAAGUGAUUGCAAUGAGCUGACAGAUGAAAACCUCGAAUUACUACUCAAGCUAAAGGAAACAAAGAACAAUUUCAAAGGAGGAGUUGCAUCCACUGAUUUUUCACCUGAUGAGCUUUCAGCUAGUGCUGGGUCUGAAGUGAGUGAACACAGGUCACAAAUGCUUUAUCUUGAAGAGAAGCUAAAAAAGAAAAUUCUCAGGGAGAUUCAAAGUGAUUAUAAUAGUUAUAUUCAAGAACUUGAAAGUCAGAAAAUGGAAUUGGAUGCUGAAGUAACGGAAGUAGGAAAGGAGUUAACUCAAAAAUGGACUGAGACACAAACACUUGAGGCUACUAUGCGGUCAAAGGAAGAGGAGAAUGUGGAACUGAGACGGAAUCAAUGUAAACUAGAAGCUGAGGUGUCUAAUCUUCUAAAAGAAAAGGCUCAACUAGAGGACAAACUGGAUGUCCUCCAAGGAGAAAGUGAUAUUGCUACUAAGUGCCUGGAUGAUCUGCGAAAUGACAUGAUGGUGCUGAGAAGCAGCAUGGAUUCUGAUGAUUCCGCUUAUAAAAUUCUUGAGAGCAAGUCUUCAGAGCUAGAAAGAGUAAAACAUGAACUUGAAAUGCAUUUAUUAGAGCUGGAAGAUGAAAAUAAGCAAUUGUCAUUACGCCUAUCCCUUUUGGAAGCUCAACUAGAAGAUUUGAAAGAUGAGAGAGAUUCAUCUCGAAUGCAACUUGAGGAUUCCAAAUCACUUGCCACAAGUCUGAAAGAUGAGAUAGCUAGAUCUAGAAAUGAGAUGGAGCCUCAGAAAACAGAUAUGGAAGAAAAGCUUCAGGAUAAGCAUGUUCAGUGGUUAGCUUCUCAAGAUAAGUGUGAAUAUCUGAGAAGAGCAAAUACAAAGUUACAAGCAACUGCCGAGACACUCAUAGAAGAAUGCAAUGCACAUCAGAAGUCAGCUGGAGAGUUGAGGAAGGAAAAGUUAAAAUUGGAUGAGCAUUGUGCGCACUUGGAGGCAAAAUUAAAGGACUCAGAUAAAAACUUGAUUGAUUGCAGCAAAAAAAUUGAAGUUUUGGAAAAAAAUCUUACUUUGAUGAUGGAAAAGUUUGCACAUAAAGGGGAAAGUCUAACUUUGGAAUUGGACUCAAUUCAUGAUAAAAACAAGAAACUUGAGGCGGAACUGAGGCGUGAAGAAAGCUCCUGGAAUCAAUUGUAUUUGGAGAAGACAAAUGAAGUUGAGAAUAUUCGACAAGAGGUAGAAAACCUUGCAAUGCAACUCUCUGCAACGCAUCAUGAGAAAGAGAAAACAGCUAAUGAUGCUCUACAUCAAAUUUCUGGUUUACGUGUAGACAAAGUUAGGCUGGAGUCGGCUCUUGAAGAAGCCGAAUCUAAAACGAAAUGUACCGAGAAUGAGUUGAAGAAAUUGCAAACUGAAGAUAAAACAAAAAUGGAAGACCUGUUGGAUGAGCUUGCAGCCUCCAGAGAAAACCAGGAAAUACUGAUGGCCGAGCAUGAAAAAGCUCUGAAGUUGUUGGAGAGUUACAAGUCCAGUGAAGGGAAACUUAAAACCUUUGUGAAUGACCUUGAACUAAAGCUUACUGUUUCUGAAUACGAACGGCAGCUAGUAUCAGAGCAAUCUAGCAAUAUGAAGGUUCAGCUGCUGAAAAUAGAAAAUCUUCAGGAGAACAUUUUGGCUCUCAGAGAUGAGCGCAAUGCAAUUAAAUCUGACAAAGAGAAACUGGAAGCUUCACUGCGAAUAGUAUCUGGAGAAUGUAGUGAUUUAAAGGCAGAGAAAAAUUCCAUCGUGGAGCAGAUUUCUACCUUGCAAAAGGUUGUAUCAGAGUUAGAAGACUAUAAACAUAAAAACGUAGCGUUAGAAGAAAAACUUGUGAAGAUGGAGGGUGACCUCACGGUAAAAGAGGCAUUACUGACGCAGGAUGCAGAGCUUAAAAAUGAGCUUCACCAGAUCAAGCGAACAAACAGGCAAUUUCAGCAGCAAAUAGAACAGCUUCAAGAGGAAAACGAUGGGCUUCUAAUAAAAGCUCAAACCCUCGAAGAAAAAUUGAAACUGAAAGCGGAAGAGAAACAGAAGCAGCGUCAGUCCAAUUCUCACAGGAACCAACAUAAAAGAGAGGAUAAUAAUUACGAUUUCCAUGAUGGAAGUCCUCAUGCUGUUGGGGUUGAUCCUGUCUCCAAGAUUCAGUUGCUUGAGAAUGAACUUGCGAAGGCCAUGGAAGCCAAUAACAAGUAUAAAGUUCGUCUUAAUAGGUUAUCAGAAGGUCGAAAAAAUCAAUCAAACACACCUAAAAAAUCAGCUAUCGAAGGUGAAGUUGUGGCAAAAGAAAAAUAUGAACGAACAAAAUCAUCUCUAGAGGCAGAGCUGAGAGACAUUCGCGAGCGUUAUCUCCACAUGAGCCUUAAAUACGCAGAAGUAGAAGCUCAGCGUGAAGAACUUGUCAUGAAGCUUAGAGGAGUCAAGAGUAUGAGGAGGUGGUUCUCAGACCCUUCCAAUUAAGCAAUUCUUUUUCCCCUUCUAAUUUGAAGCAAUUUUCUUUUUCCAUUUUUUCCCUGAAAAAUGCUUAAAAAAAUACAGUGCUAGAUUCAAUUUCCAUUGAUAUUCAAGAAAGUGUGCUUUCUAGAGACAAAGAACAAAGUGCUUAUCUAGGUUUGUAGCCAAUAAAAUUCCCCAGGGUUGGCACUUGACAGACUAAUGGAAGGCAAGAUUCCUAUA